AUUGCGUUAACGGAACAAAUACUGCUAAAACAAAUUAUGAAACGAAUUAUGUCUUGGAAAAAGUAUCAUGUUACUCUCGGUGUACGCAUGUGUAUUUAUCAUGUACUAAUUUGCUGGAAUACAAUUUUGAAGACUUUAAAUGCGUGUACUGAUUAGUUUGAAAGUUUUAUAUGGUAAUGUAAAUAACUGAAAGCUGUUUGUUUUUCUUUUAUAGGAUAGUAGCGACAUUAAAACCAAAUACGCCUUUUUCUAAUGUCCACGAUUAAUCAAUAUACAAGCAAGCGUUCUCCAUCCAAUUUGUAAACCAUGACUCAGUAUUGCCCUCUAGUGUCUGAAAGUAAAUAUGCAUAACGUAUUUAUGUCGCGUGAAGGAGCGAAUAAAGUUUGGGCUUCAAAAUAACAGGAAGUAGCGUAAUUGUACAGUAGUGUCCGCUGGUCCCUGAUAAUUACACGUCCAGAACUUAUUAUAUUUGUUUCGUUCGUUACGUUAAUAUCAAGGACUAAUUCCAUAUAGUUUUCCAAGUCAAUGUCUUAGCAAGGUAUCUGCAAUGAGUGAUGUGGUUGAGAAAACUCUGACGGCUCUGCCAAGCCUUCUGUCGCUGGACUCGCAGCCGGGAGCCGGUAAACUUUCUGUCACUUCCAAACUGGGGAGCCUGAUCAGAGGCAUCACUGAGCUGACGUCCAAACAUGAAGAAGAAAAGCUUAUUAAAAAAGAGCUAGCUGCUAUAAAAGAGCAUGUGUCAUCUCCCAACACCACGCUGAGACAGAUGAAGGAGAUCAUGGUGAGGGCGAUUUACUGUGAGAUGCUGGGAUUUGAGGCAUCCUUCUGCUACAUACACGCUAUCAAACUGGCACAGCAAGGAAGCAUGUUUGAGAAAAGAGUCGGCUACCUUGCGGUUUCGCUGUUCCUGCGUGAAGGUCAUGACCUGCUGCUGCUGCUUGUUAACACCGUGCUGAAGGACCUGCAGAGUACAAACCUCAUUGAGGUGUGCAUGGCCCUCACCGUGGUAAGCCAGAUCUUCCCCAAGGAUAUGAUUCCUGCUGUGCUGCCUCUGGUGGAGGACAAGCUGACACACUCCAAGGAAAUCAUUCGGAGGAAGGCCGUCCUGGCACUGUACAAGUUUUACCUGAUGGCGCCCAAUCAGGUGCAGCACAUCCACGAUAAGUUCCGGAGGGCGCUGUGUGACAAGGACCCAGGGGUCAUGACUGCCUCCCUGCAUAUUUACUUGCAGAUGAUCAAGGAGAGCCCUGAGAACUACAAGGAGCUGGCUGGCAGCUUCGUAGUCAUCCUGAAGCAGGUGGUCAGUGGGAAGCUGCCAGCCGACUUCAGCUAUCACAGCGUCCCUGCUCCCUGGCUGCAGAUGCAGCUGCUCCGCAUCUUGGCGCUUCUUGGAAAGGAGGACCAGAGAACAAGUGAGAUCAUGUAUGAAGUUUUGGAUGAAUCUUUACGAAGAGCUGAAAUAAAUCACAACAUCACCUACGCCAUAUUAUAUGAGUGUGUGAAAACUGUCUACACUAUCCACCCAAAGUCAGAGCUGCUGGAGAAAGCGGCAAAGUGCAUUGGGAAGUUUGUUUUGUCUCCUAAGAUCAACCUCAAAUACCUUGGGUUGAAAGCACUGACCUAUGUGGUCCAGCAGGAUCCCAACUUGGCCCUUCAGCAUCAGAUGACCAUCAUUGAGUGCCUGGAUCAUCCUGACCCCAUCAUCAAGAGAGAGACCCUGGAGCUGCUGUAUCGCAUCACCAAUGCUCAGAACGUCACGGUCAUUGUGGAGAAGAUGCUGGAUUUCCUCCGGCACAGCAGGGAUGAGUACACAGUGAUUGGCCUCGUGGGGAAAGUGGCUGAGCUGGCUGAAAAAUAUGCCCCAGACAACAGCUGGUUCGUUCAGACCAUGAAUGCCGUUUUCUCCCUGGGGGGCGACGCCAUGCAGCCGGACAUCACUAAUAAUUUCCUCCGGCUUUUGGCGGAAGGUUUCGACAACGCGGAGGAGGACAGGCAGCUGAGGCUCCUGGCUGUGGACUCGUACCUGUCCUUGCUGGGGGGGGAGGCAGCCAGCCUGCCCCAGCCUUUCCUGCAGAUCAUCAGCUGGGUUUUAGGGGAGUACUCCUACCUAAAAGUGGGUCAGGACCCCACAGAUGUUCUGGCACGACUGGGGGCGCUCCUGGAGCGGCAUGACAUCACCACGGAGACACGGUGCUGGGUCCUGGCAGCCAUGGGCAAACUGUGCACCACAGACGGCGCCCUCCGGAGGGCGAGGGAGGUGGCGCACCAAUACAGCGCCUGCCUGGACACAGCACUGAGGCAGCAGGCGAUGGAGCUGGAGCUGCUGGGCCAGGAUGCCCCGCUGAGGCACAGGGUCCUGCCACAUGAUGCCAGCUGUGAGGACCUGGAGGUCGACUCCUCCUUGUCCUUCCUGGAUGGCUUUGUGUCGGAGGCCUUGGCGCUGGGAGCGGCUCCAUACAAACCUCCUCACCAGAGACAGGAGGAGCUCUCCCAGCACAAAGCACUGAACUUCGAGCCGUACGGCCCGUCGCUGCCUGCUAGCCUGUCCGCCUGCAGCCUCACCGACCGGCAGUCCCCCACCGCCAUGUCCCUCAGCUCUGGGAUCUCGGGAAACAGCACUGAACAGAUGCAGAAGGCCAGCUCUAAUACACUGAAGCUGGACGGAGUGAAGAAGGUGUGGGGGAAAGAGGGUUACCUUCCCCAGAAGGAAGCCACAGAAGAAGCUCCUCCCCCAGUAGCCUCCAGUGCCCCGACUCCCUCCUGCCAGCAGGGCGGCGCUGAGCACACUCAGCUGGCUGUCUCAUCUGCUGGGGAAGAAGAACAGGAGAAGCGGCAGCUGGCUGCCACACUCUUUGUGGGUCUGGGGUCCCAGAAUUCAUUGUGUCUGAUGGGGAAGCCGGACGCAGCACCCAAGCGUAUCUGGCGCCGGCAGAGGCCUGACCAGGAGGCCCUUGACGGCGGGAGCCGGCCGCCCGUUUCCUCCGUGGACGAUACACUGGACGGCCUCUUCGACGACGCCGUCCCUGAUUCCGCUCUGCUGUAUUCACUGGAUGGACCCUCUGUUCCCCAGAGCUGCUUGGACGGUGGAGGUGAAGCGGCGGGGGGGUCUCUGGAUGCUGGCAUGGCACCGGCGCCCGUGCUGAGCCCUGGCGACGCGCCCGGCUCCCUUUUGCCGCCGGCGCUGUUGGCAUUGCCGCGCUCGGACAUGGAGGCGCUCUGCUCGGACGGGACCCUCUCUGUCUGCGCCUGCAAAGUCUACCAGCGAGAUGCCCUGCUUCUCGCCCUCUUCCUGUCCAAUGCCUGCGAUUUGCCCCUCGAAGAGCUGUCAUGUGACGUGACCUCAGAGGAAGCGAAGGUCACAGACGGAUACACCACCGCAGCCUCCAUCUCCCUCCUGGCCGGCCGUGGCGUGGCAGUGGUCCUCCACCAUCUGGUGAUGGAGCUUCCCAGCAGCCAGGCCGUAGUGGCGGUCAGAGUGUCGUACCGCCCCGGGGCUGGGGCGCCCACACAGCAGGCCGUCUCCCUGAGCCUCUCUCUGGCUGACUUCAUCAGGCCCCUGCCUGUGUCCACGGAGGAGUACGGCAGGCUGUGGCUCUCCUUCUCCAACGAUGUGAAGCAGAACCUCAGGCUGCUGGCAGACAGCGAGGACCCGCUUGCGGCCACACUGGCCGCUCUGAAGGACAAACUGCGGCUCCACAUAGUGGACAUCAUAGGUGCUGAGGGCAUCGUGGCGUGCCAGCUGGUCCCAGGGCAGCCGUGUCUGCUUCACUGCCAUGCCCAUGGCGGCACGCUGACGGCCUGGCUGCGCUCGCCCCUGCCCACCCUCCCGGACUGCCUGCUCUACCACUGCCAGAAGGCCAUUGAGGAAAGCUGAGUGGGAGGGCUGGCCGGAGAAGGAGGGACAGGCUGUGAGGAGGGGAUGGACUUGGGGUGCGGUGUGGAGAGUCCCUGGGAGGCGGGACCAAUGCUGAAAUGUGGGGCUGCUGGUUAGCAGCUGUGUGUGUGCGUGUGUGCGUGCAUGUAUGUACCAGUGUGUAUGCCUGAGUGUGCGCGCGUACGUGUGUGUGUGUGUGUGUGUGUGUGUGUGUGUGUGUGUGUGUGUGUGUGUGUGUGUGUGUGUGUGUGUGUGUGUGUGUGUGUGUGUGUGUGUGUGUGUGUGUACACGCUUCAGAACAGCCUUCUCAAACGUGCUGCUCAGCAUUCACUCCUUAUGAGACUACAAGGCCUCAUCCACCCUGCAAUUCUCACUUAUUUUAAAAGCUGUAUUUAUUGUUUUUACUGUUGGACAGUUUUUUUAUGAGUUUUUUAGGUGUUCU